CACGCUCCCCGCGCGGCACCGCGCCAAGGAAAACACCGGGAAGCCGAUCCCGUCCCGCGGCACGGGGGCCGCUGUUUCCCCCGCAGCCGGGGCCGGGCCCGGGGCUGCAGCGAGGCGGGGGCGCGUUGCCCGCAUGGCGCUGCUGCUGCUGCUGCUGCUGCUGCUGGCGGCGGGCGCUGCCCCGGCCCCGGCCGUGCCCCCGGCCGUGCCCCCGGCCGUGCCCGCGCCCCGCGAGCUGGCGCGCUCCGUGCUGGAGACGCACGGGCAGGAGCUGCGGCUGCUGCGGCUGCUCGGAGUGGCCAGGACGAGCUUCGACUGGGGGACCCACUUCAGCAUCAACUUCACGGCCCGGCAGCCGCCGUGCCCCAAGCCCGCCCCGGACCCCCGCGGCUGCCGCGGCCGCCCGGGCAGGGUGCAGCGCUGCUCGGCCCAGGUGUCCGUGUUCACCUUCCUGCCCGACGUGCCGCUGUCGAUGGUGGAGUGCGGCCGGGAGCCGCAGGCCGGUGACAGCGCCCAGCCCCGCUCGCCUGGCAGCAACCCAGGUCACUCAUCCUCCUCAUCCUCCUCCUCAUCAUCACCAUCCUCGGGGUCCCCCCCGCGGCCUCGCCCCGCUCCCAGCGCGUCCCUGCAGGGCCCGUCCCGCCGCCCCCUGUCCCCAGCGGAACCCCAAUAAAGAGAUUUGGGGCUCGCA